ACAAAGAAUAAACAAUCCAACAAAGAACGUGAUCCAACAAAGCCCUCCAAAUCAUUCACUUUCUACGAGCACGUGGCUGCAGGAUUCCUUCACAACUAAGCUCCUGACUCCUGUUCCAAGGAAGAAGAAUUUACUACUUCUUCUUCCUCUUCUUCUUUGUUCUUCCGCGCAUCAUUUUCUAUCUGAUAUGAUCGGUAAUAUUUGAAAUCGUGAUCGGAGAAUCUGGUUCCUUAUAGCUACCAUUUAAAUACAGCUCUCGGCUUUCUUCCCCAAAGCAGCGAAAGAACAUUCUUCUUUCUUCUCCAUGGCUUCCAGGAAUCCCUUCUGGGCCGUGAUCAUCGCUGCUCUCUUUCUCGCCCUCCCUUCUGCAAAGUCGCAGUCGUUUAUCGGAGUGAACUACGGUGAGGUUGCCGACAACCUCCCGCCGCCGGCGGACACGGCGCGGCUCCUCCAGUCGACCACCAUCUCCAAGGUCCGCCUUUAUGGUGCCGAUCCCAACAUCCUCCGCGCGCUCGCCGGUACCGGCAUCUCCGUCGUCAUCGGCGCCGCCAACGGCGACAUCCCCGCCCUGGCCUCCGACCCCAUGGCCGCAGCCAACUGGGUCUCCGCCAACGUCCUUCCCUUCAUCCCCGCCACCGACAUCUCCGUCGUUGCUUUGGGCAACGAGGCCUUCAGCUCCGGCGAUGCUUCGCUCGCGUCUCAGCUUCUCCCGGCGAUGCAGAACCUCCGCACCGCCCUCGGCGCAGCUUCCUCCGCUGCCGCCGGCAUCAAGGUCUCUACUGUCAACAUCAUGUCUGUGCUCUCCAGCUCCGACCCGCCUUCCUCCGGCGCCUUCCACGCCGACGUGCUCCCCGCGCUCAAGGGCGUCCUCGCCUUCCUAAAGGACACCGGAAGCCCCUUCAUGAUCAAUCCCUACCCUUUCUUCGCGUACCAGAGUGACCCAAGUCCGGAGACGCUGGCCUUCUGCCUCUUCCAGCCCAACGCCGGGCGGCACGACGCCGGCUCAGGGUCGACCUACAUGAACAUGUUCGACGCGCAGGUGGACGCGGUGAGGGCGGCCAUCGCGGCGGCGGGGUUCCCGGAGGUGGAGAUUGUUGUUGCGGAGACCGGGUGGCCGUACAGAGGGGACGCAGGGGAGGAGGGAGCGACGGUGGAGAACGCCCAGGCCUACAACGGCGGCCUGGUGGCGCACCUGCGCUCCCUCACUGGAACGCCGAUGGCGCCGGGUAAGUCGGUGGACACCUACAUCUUCGCGCUCUACGACGAGGAUCUGAAGCCCGGGCCGACCUCCGAGCGCUCCUUCGGCCUCUUCCGCCUCGACCUCACGCCCACCUACGACGCCGGCAUCACCAAGUCUUCCUCCAACGCCGCUGGCCCUGUUUCCCAGAACUCGACGGAGGCGACGCCGCAGAGGGCUGUGGGGAAAGGCUGGUGUGUGCCGAAGCAGGGGGCGACGGAGGCGGAGCUGCAGGCGAGCUUGGACUAUGCUUGUGGGCAGUCGGCGGUGGACUGCAGCCCGAUCCAGCAAGGAGGGGCGUGCUUCGAGCCGAACACCGUACGAUCGCACGCGGCGUACUCGAUGAACCAGUUCUACCAGGUCUCCGGCCGCAACGCCUAUGACUGCGACUUCUCCGGCUCCGCCGUCGUCACCACCGACAACCCCAGUUACUCCAAGUGCGUUUACAAUGGAGGGCAAUGAGAAGAACAUGGAGGAAGAUAAAAAGAAGAAUAAACUUUUUGAUGGUUUAUGUUUAUUAAAGGAGAAGGUGAGGAAUAAAGAUAGAUGAUGAUGGAUUGGUUCCAAUAAUUAAAGGUAGUGGAAUUAAUUGUGCCACUAGAAUUGUGUGAAAUUAAUUAUUGGUGUGUAUUAAUUAUUAUUAGAUGUUAUUCUAAAAUGUUAUUUCAAAUACCUCAUAAUUGAAUAGGCAUGACUAAAUCA